AGAUAGUAUCCCCUAACGUGACUAGUGAAAAAGGCAUGCCAUUGGAUUCAAGAAUAAAAAAGCCGAGGGAAGCAGGUCUUCAGAACAAAAAGUUUCCUCUGUGAAGACAAAUGUUUGGCCUCUUUCUCCCGGGGUUGUGUGCAUACAGAGAUCCGAGAAUCGCGUUUUAUGUGUGACCGCACAGAGGGUUGGACAAAUUGAAGGAGCAACAGGAGGUGGCAGAGACGCUUUUCAGAAGAAGCAAGGAAAUAGAGAGAGAGGGAAGGAGAGAAAGGGAGAGAGAGAGACUAUCUCACUCUCCCAGUCGUAGUUGCAACCGGAUCGCAUUCAGCGUCUCUCUCGACACUGCAAUAGGUACGUUAUGCUUUCCGAACUUUUACGCACACAAAUCGAGAAUACAGCAACAGGCUUGGGUACUUUAGAAUGUUUGGAGGUAAUGUUUGGAGGUAAUGUUAAGCACUUUAGAAUGUUUGGGGUAAGACAAUUUUAGGUAAUUUGAGGCACUGUUGAAUAGAAGGGGAUAGAUGGGGAGUUUGAAUCAUUUUUGUAAGCGUAUUACAUUAUUCUCCAAAAUUGAAGAAAAACCUAUCCAUUCUAAAAAUAUGCAUUCAUUUCGUUUUUCCUCACUCUGACUGUGGAAAUGUUAGAUAGUCUUCGCACAUUUAACGUUGUGAUAAUUUUUUUCGCAGCAGGACAAUGUCUAGUAAAGCGACUUUAGCCUUACUCAUCUAUGGAAUCAUAAUGCACUACAGUGUCUACUGCUCACCUCUCGGGCUAAACUAUCCUAACCUUAGGUAGGUACCUGUUCACCUCUCCUUCAACUGAGCAUCUCUGCAUGUAAAGGAUUAGUAAACUGAAUAUUGGCAAACGUAUUGUUUCUGCUGCUGAGCGCCGGUGACGAGCACAGUAGUUGUUUGUUUAUCAGUUAUACCUACAACCACAUAGGUAUAUAGACCUAUGCCAUUUAUUGCUACACAAUUAUUUUUUUCGUUCAAUCAAUGUCUGUAUAAUUUUUAUUUCUUUUAUAUCUAAAUUAAUACGCAUUGGUUUUUUUUAAAUUUCCAGAGUAUCUUAUUAAUUUGGGUAUACAAUUAAUGCUAUAGCCUACAUUGGAAGAUACUGGUAUAUGUGUUUUAUUUUGAGUGUGAAUAUACUGAAAUGUUUUGUUAUGAGGGGCUUUAGAGCACUUGGAAUCAUAUCCCUGGAACAGGGCAUAUUAGCAGCUAUUGGUAGAUCAAGCGUCUGAUACAGAACUGUAGCUCUGCGUGUAGACACGUCCCAUGGGAAUGACAGAGAGGAGUAAUUUUCAGAGGCAUGAGGCAAACGGGGGAGCCACUAAUUCACAGAAUAACAAAGUCGAUGUAUUGUGUAUUCUCUUAACUAAGAAGUAAUAAUCUGCAUCAUUUUAUUUUAGAAUGACAACCAAACAUUUUAUUUUUGUUUUUGAGAUCUGGUUAUGAUGUUAUUUAAUUCACAAUGGCAAAUUUUUUAAAUGAAACGUUUUUUUCUUCCUAUUUCCGAUGGGUUCGGGUUUGGUUGCCUUUGGGGGGCUAUAGCCUAUGCUUGCACUAUAUUUGUUCUGUAAGGUGUUGCAGCCAAAUUAGGAUUGGUCGAUAGCAAUUACAAUUAUUUAACAUUUAAGCAGAUACAUGUUGGCUAUUGUAUCAAAUAUUUUUUUCAUGACUCUUAUUUCUUAACAUAAAAUAUAGGCUACAAUCUAUAAAUACAUUAGUAAUUUAUUUCAGUGUUUGUUUUCAGAAUUGGUUUAGUCAUGAUUAUGCAUGAUUAAGCCCAUAUCAAAAAGCAUAUAAUAUUCAAAUGCAUUUUCGAUUUCAGACUUGAAAAUGAGGUUUAUGACGAGGAUGGGAAUUCGUUACCGGACUUGGCUUUUGACAGUGAUCAAAUUGCUAUAAGAAGUCCCCCGUCUGUGGCUGACGACUUGUACACUUUAUACUACCCACCGGAGAAAAGGUGACUAUCAUUAUCACUAUACUCAACUUAUUAUUUGUAAUGUUGUUGACAUUCAUGCUAGACAUUUCAUUAUUUGGGCUCGUAUUUCUGUUCAUCUAUGUUAUAUGUUGUGUGUUAGUAAAUGUACUGUACUGUCAAGAAUCACAUUUUUUAUAGAAUCUUCUGAUGGAAAUGCCUAUAGUAAAUUCCCCUUUAAAAGAACAAACUUCCCAAAUUUUCAUUGCAGCAAGAUAGGGUGGUGGUGGGGGGAGGGGCGGUAUUCCAAUGAAGCUGAUCGGAAAGCUUUUGUAGUAGAAUGUAGUAGAAAGUAGGCUAUUUACUAAGAAAACUUAAACAGAACUAAACACUUUUAAUCUGAACUGGCCAUUUCCAAAGUCAUAAAAGUAACCAGCAUAGUUCACUAUUUAAGCUCACAUUUUGGAAAGCAGCUCAUAUGACGCGUUGGAUUUGGUAUAGGCUACAGUAAUGUUGCCACUUAACGCUGGGUGUGUGUUGAGUGUGAUCAUUUAUUGUUUGGCGUUUUAUCAUCCCAGAACGGAAAGGCAUGCAGACGGAAUGUUUAAUAAAGCCUACAGGAAAGCGCUGGGUCAGUUAUCAGCAAGAAAAUAUCUCCAUUCUCUGAUGGCAAAGCGUGUAGGGUAAGGACAUCUUCUUGGUUGUCGUCUCUUAUUUUGUGAUCUAAGUUAUUUUUGGUGUUCGUUUUUCUUUUAACUCUGAUAUUCAUUCUGUUUCGUUUAAUUUUCCCGUGUGUCUAUCUAUGUGUGUGGUCUUCCCACCUGAAUUUGACGCCUUUACGCGCAGAGUAUGUUGACUUUGAUUAUAUCUUCGAGAGUGCAAACCGGGUGCGGCAUUAGAUCGAAUCGGUGAAUCUCAGUGCUGAUAUUGUCUCUUUAAGGAGCAAAGCACAGGAUCCACGUGGCUGAAUACAUUUAAUUUUCAUUAUGAAUAAUUCAUGUAGUGGAUUAGUCCCAAGGGUUUAAUAUAAAUAUAGGCUUAAAUUAUUCCUUACAACAUCCUCAACCAGCCAGCCUAACCAUGAUGAUAUCGAAAUAAAAAUAUAUUUGGGAGGAUUUAUUAAAAAUGUAAGUUUAAAUCAGACAUGUGCAGUGCAGUCUAUGGGCUACAGUCCUCCGAGGCAGGGUAUACGUCUCAUAACAGUGAAAACUCUUCUGCUCUUCCCAUUUCUAGUGGAGGGAGCACCAUGGAAGAUGACUCAGAGCCUCUGUCAAAGCGACAUUCGGAUGGGAUCUUCACAGAUAGCUACAGCCGCUACCGAAAGCAAAUGGCAGUCAAGAAAUACCUGGCAGCAGUCCUUGGGAAAAGGUAUAGACAGAGAUAUAGAAACAAAGGACGCCGGCUAGCGUAUUUGUAGCGUUGCUAACCCAAACUACCAUGUGUGUACAGCCCAGAUCAAGUCAUUUUGAGAUAACUGAACAAUCAGUGGAUCGCUCUUGUGUUCUUUAAACAUGUAUUUAUGUAUGAAGUAAAGCCAUUAAAAUGAAUAUUUUGAUAAUAAUAUUGUUUUUCUUUUGUACUUAAGCACUUGAGAACGCACAGAUCUACUUUGUGGACCAAUCUUUUUGUUCAACCUAAAUAUAGCCUAUAUUUAUUUAUUUUUAGACCUACUUAUAAAAGAAGAUAAAAUUAUGGGCAAAUGAUCAAUAUGCUCUUUACCCUGUAUUUUAAAAAUUUAAAUCUACGAAUGUGAGGAAAAUAAAUAGUUUAAAAGACAAUUAAUGUAUUGAAUGUUACUUUUUGGCAACUGAAAUUAAGAGCUUAGUGUCUUUAUUUACAACAGCCCUGAAGACUUAGGUUUUCAAGACAUAGACUUUGAUGCCCUCCCGGAUGGGGAUGAGUUUGAGGCUAUUUUGGGAGACUGGCUGAAACAGUUCUCUCCCGAAUUUCCGGUGAGUUCCAGGCUCUUUCCCAAGGCCUUGUCUUGA